GCCUGCAUCUGCCUCAGCACAACACUGUUGUACAUCAAGAGCCACGCUCCCCGCUCUGAGGCCAUUACCUGUCAAUCUCAGCAUCGGUCUUGUCUGUUUUCUUGUCGACUUUCCAUCCCCUAACCAACAUUUACGGCUCGACCUUUUUGGAAGAAACCAUCAAAUAAGCAUCAUGUCUGACCCAAUUGUCGAUGCCGCGCAGAAGCACCCUGCGCCAGAGGGACUGGUGUACACAUAUGGCACUGCCGGGUUCCGAACAAAAGCUGAUGUCCUCGAUUCCGUCUUGACCCGAGUUGGUAUGAUUGCAGCCCUCCGCUCACGGGCACUGAAGGGAAAAUGGAUCGGAGUCAUGAUCACGGCUUCCCACAACCCACCUCAGGAUAACGGUGUAAAGCUUGUUGAGCCAAUGGGCAACAUGCUGCAGGAAGACUGGGAGGUUAUCAGCACCGAGAUGGCAAACAAGGCUACGCCCGAAGACGUUUCCAAGUACUACCAAGAGAUUGCGGACAAGCACAAGAUUGACCUUAGCGCCCCUGCUCGCGUUGUUGUAGCCCGAGACACCAGGGCGUCAGGAUCAAGGCUACUCGGAUGCCUUGUCGAUGGUCUCAAUGGCGCCGGCGCCGAGACCAAGGACUAUGGGUUUUUGACCACACCCCAGUUGCACUACAUGGUUCGUUGCCUCAACACACAGGGCACACCAGAGGCAUAUGGCGAGCCUACCGAAAAGGGCUACUAUGAGAAGUUUGGCACAGCCUUCAAGACAGCUCUGCGUGGCAAGAAGCCUUCAGGUAGCUUGACGGUCGAUUGCGCUAAUGGUGUUGGUGGACCCAAAUUGAACGAGCUGAUCAAGUAUCUGCCAUCCAAGGACGAGGGCGGUCUCGAGAUUUUUGUCAUCAACGACAAUGUCAUCAAGCCCGAAAGCCUGAACGUUGACUGUGGUGCAGACUUUGUCAAGACCAACCAGCGAGCACCCCCGUCAUCAAAGGCUGGCCCUGGGGACCGAUGCUGCUCGCUCGACGGCGACGCUGACCGCGUAGUGUACUACUUCAAGGACGAGAAGAAUGUGUUCCGCCUGCUUGAUGGCGACCGUAUUGCGACUCUUGUUGCUUCGUUCCUAGGCGACACGGUGCGUCAGAGUGGACUUGCUGACAAGCUUACUAUUGGAGUUGUUCAGACCGCAUAUGCAAACGGUGCCGCCACAAAGUACGUCGAGGAGACACUGAAGCUCAAGGUCGACUGCACGCCUACCGGUGUCAAGUACCUGCACCACGCGGCUGAAAAGCUCGACAUUGGUGUCUACUUUGAGGCCAACGGCCACGGCACCGUCAUCUUCUCUACUGACACGCUCGAUACGAUCGCAAAGCACGAGCCUCGUAAUCCUGGGGAAAAGGAGGCUCUUGACGUGCUUCGCGCAUGCAUCAACCUCAUCAAUCAGUCUGUUGGAGAUGCGCUUUCCGACUUUUUGCUCGUCGAGGUUGUGCUUGCACACAAGCACUGGGGUCCACAAGAGUGGCUGUCGACAUACAGCGACCUGCCCAACCGCCUUCUCAAGGUGCAGGUGCAGGACCGAAGGAUCUUCAAGACCACAGACGCAGAGCGAAAACUUACGUCACCUGAGGGCCUCCAGGCGCAGAUCGACAAGGAAGUUCAAAAAGUGCGCCAAGGACGCUCUUUUGCUCGUGCCAGUGGUACCGAGGACGCAGUUCGUGUGUACGCAGAGGCCGAAACACGAGCUGAGGCCGACGAUUUGGCCAGGAAGGUGCACGAUCUCGUCAAGGCGGCGGGUGGCGCUUAGAAGCCGCUGCACGUGUUGCCAAGUGCUAUUCGCUCUUGUGGGGAGAUGUGUUUGUAUGAGCAAAGCAUUUGUCAAAGAGACGGGGCAGAUGAAGCAAGGUCGGUCAAAAGCUUCAGCAUGGACGACUUGUUUGCACCGGAUUUGUUAGUCCUGGGCGAACAAAGAAAAAGACAGUGUGGGGAGUCUGAGGAAGUACAUUGAUUUGGGUUCUUUGGUGUUGAGAUGACAAAAAAUGGCGGUAGAUAUUGCUGCUAAACGAAUGAAUGAAGUAUGAUAUUUGGUAUGAAUUAGGAAAGAAAUUCAACCUUUGCUAGAAACAAACAAGCCUCGG